ACCACUUCUUCGAUAUAAACUAAACCCAGUUUUAGAGAGAGAAACAGAGAAAAAUGGAGAGCGUGACGGCGUUAGGAAGGGCCCCAUCACUAUCCACCAUCCGAUUAUCAUCAUCUUCAACCGCAUCCUUACCUACAACCACCGUCUCCGUCACCAACCACCGUCAUUUAGCCGCAUUUCAGUCGCCGUCUCAUCUCUUCUCCAUUUCACUGUCGCCUGCCUCCGUGAAGAAGAAAAACCCCAACAAAACUCGCAUCUUUCUUCCUCACUUAAUGGCUUCCAUGGAAGUUGAGGAAUCUUAUAUUAUGAUUAAGCCUGAUGGUGUUCAACGAGGACUUGUAGGAGAGAUCAUUUCUAGGUUUGAGAAGAAGGGAUUUAAAUUGAAAGGGUUGAAGCUUUUCCACUGCCCUAAACAACUGGCAGAGGAGCAUUACAAGGAUCUGAGUUCCAAACCUUUCUUCCCCAAACUGAUUACUUACAUUACAUCUGGUCCGGUUGUUUGUAUGGCUUGGGAGGGAGUUGGUGUUGUUGCAUCGGCCCGUAAAUUAAUUGGAGCAACAAAUCCACUUCAAGCUGAACCUGGCACAAUUAGAGGGGAUCUUGCAGUUCAAACCGGAAGGAAUGUGGUUCAUGGGAGUGACAGCCCUGAAAAUGGGAAGCGCGAAAUAGCUCUAUGGUUCAAGGAGGGAGAAUUGACCGAAUGGACACCAGUACAAACUCCAUGGUUGGUAGAAUGAUGACCAUGGAUGGAGCCAUUCAGUUUGCGGCUUAUUAAUGUAUGAGAUAAGAUUGUGCGACGGAACUACAGUUUAAUUUUGAGCUUCUUUUUACCUUGUAAUUUUGUUGAUGGUUUCAAUCUGAAAGGUGGUUCCAUUCGGACCAAAUGAAUGUUGGAAUUUGGUUUGUUUACUUAUAACUGAUUUGAGUUGUAUUUUAUAUCAGAACAGAAGCUUCGGUUUGUUUAGUUGUA